GUGGAAAACAUGCGGAUUCUCGGGGCGGUUAACGCCGCGGUCUCGCAGGCAAGCCCGUUUCGGAGGUUAAUUGUUGAUGGAGACUUUCGCUUGAUGAUGUUUCAGGACAUGUGCGGGAAGGCGGACCCCUUCAAGGGUUUCAUGUAUGGCCCCGUGAAAGAUGUUCCGGGGUACUGUGAUGACAGUACUUCCGACGAAGACGACGAAGCUGAAGAAGGACAAGAACAACGACAAGCAGUAGAAAAAGAAAAGAACAAGCAGCGCUUGUUCUUUGAUCACAGUGAAGAUGGAAAAGACCAGGAUCCACCACCGACCCGCUCCCUGCAAUCCCUGCAUCUCAAGAUGAAUACCCCUGACUACGUAUCAAAAGGAAAAAUCCCACCUCUCCGUAUCAAAGUGACAAUCUGUGUUGCGGGAUUUGCGUACACAAAUCAGCUUUGUCUUGCAGUAGAGGACUGCAGGCAGAUGCAAAGCCUGGAAGGGGCUGGCUAGAGGCGGGCGCUCAGCAUGGCAGACGUCUGCCCUGUCAGCGCAGCAGCAUUACAAAUCGCCGGCGUAAAGCGGCGAAGGCUCUGGCUUUGCUUUCUUGCAAGAUAGACCCGAUUCGUGGCCACAAAUCAGCAUCGCAAAUUUCCAAAAAUAUACCUUUUCAGUAUGGGGAGGGGGGAUUUUUCCUUGCAAUACUACGGAAACACCAGCGGUGGCUUCAUGGCAGACGUUUUGGUGAGGGGGGAGCUGGUAUGCACUGCAAAAGUAUCGUACUCGUAUAAAUGCAUUACAAAUAAUUUCCUUAGCAUGAGAAAGAAAAUUUGUAAUGCUAAUCUUCCUUGAGAACAAGGUUUGUAAUGCAAGACUUGCAUUAGCAUUGAUACGAGUACGAUACUUUUGCACAGGAUAGCUGGUAUCAUUCGCAAAUAUCUUCUCUGAAUGUCUGGAAACUUGUACUAAAAAUGCUGGGAUGUGAAUAGUGAAUGCCGUGUAGCUACUUUUAUGUUGCGCCGCAAAGCAUAGAGAAAUAUUUGCGCUAUUUAUGUUGUCAUGCGUUCUCUGCAUGCUACUGCACGCCUGGCAAAAUAAGGGUCUUUUCUUCCUGGACACGACAUCACGUAUUACAAACCCUUCAGAUGUCAACUGCAUGCAAGACAAUCGUGACAAACCUUCCAGAGAUCAAGACAUACAAUUUGCAAUGCAUAGCUAGCGCUGGGCAGCCAACAGCAGUUCCUGUUUGUGAACACCAAAGCGGAAAAAGGGGCCAGUGGCGGUGCUUGGAGCUUCGUCGGGCUGCAGUGUGACUUCGGGUUUGGAGAGGAUCGGGAUUCCUCUUCUACCGAGAAGAUGAAAAGAAGUGCAUCAUCCCACCGCGGAGGCCCGUUGGACAAAGUGAACCCCAACGCAGCCGUCACGCAGGUACUUUUGUCGACGAGGACAGUUGCGUCCACCGCUACUACUGCAAAAAAAUCUUCACCCAAUAGCAAAAACCACGGGUUCGUUUUCCAGUCGAAGCCGUACAUUUUUUACGAAAGUGGGAACGACCACGAUGAACCACGCGAAGGAGAAUGUUCAUCGGCGAAGAAGCAGAACUCCGGCAGCGACGAGGACUGCUCGGACUCCCAUCUGCACCGCCGUCGUCGUGUACUAUCCAGUGGGUACUACUUGAGAGUCCCCGCUUUGACCUACCGAGAGGAAAUAAAUGCUGAAGAACAUCACCAGCAAGGUACUGCUCCUGCUGCAGCUGAAACCAUCCUCCGUGCGGAAGAGACCCGGCCCUUUUCAAACAUUUUUGUUGCCCGGCCAGAGAUGGAACAGGUUGCGAAGGUGAUCAAUCACAAGUUAAAUGUGGAGAAGAAAGACAUCGUCUUCACGCCGGGCAUCUACCAACUCACCGAGCCGAUUCAGGUACCUAUGUAUAGUAUUAUGCGCAGCUAGAAAUCUUCAAAACGGUCGAGGUGGUGUUUCGUUUGUGAUAGUACUUUUACUCAAACAUGUACAAGUUUUCUCAACAUUUUUGUUUUUAUCAGCAUGCCUCACGACACGAAGACAUGGUCUGCAAUGCUCCAUCUUAUCGAUCUAUACUUGCUUCUUGUAUUGCCAAUAGGUUUUCGAAACCGCCGGAGCAGGAGGUGAAGAACAGCCUUUGUCCUCUCUUACCCGCCGCCCGGUUUUGCUUGGUCUCGGGUUUGCCAUGCUGGAGACGCUUGGCACUUUCCCGGCGAUGGAAAUCAAGGCCGCUUCCCCUAUCGUUGCCGGGCUCACCCUGCAGCCUGGAAAGGGGUCGGGGCUGGUGGAAACGGAAAUGAACGGUGAGCCGCAAGAAAAGCAGGGAGAGAAUCUCAGCUACACCCGAUUGUUGCGCGUCAUGGAGCCGGAAAUAUAUGUCGAAACGGCGGAAGAUCGAAAACAAGAAUCGUAUGGCCGUGCAGGAGAUUGUUUAUUUAGCAGUGAAGACAGCCGAGCAGGACAUCAAAAUGAAAUGCAGCAGCAUGGCCAACAUGGCCUUGUCAAUAGUACUACUAGUAGUGCUCGUCCCGAUGCUACUGGCGCUAUGGAAGGAGUAGUAGAGCAAGGCACAAAUCAUCACUGUAGUGGCUGUGCAACUAGUAGAAUGCAGAUAGAAGAACAAGUAGAUCAUGAGACUCAUGGUGAUACAACGGCGAAUAUUGGUGGUCCUGAAAAUUGUGGUGCCAGCGGCGCACCCGUCGACGACGAGGCCGUCAAUAGCCUUUCGAAGAGACUGCGGGGUCUCAGUUUGUCCCCUAGGUGGUCGGUCCUUGGUCGUUCGAUAUCAUGUCCGUCAAGAAGUACUAGACUCAGGGCGUUUUUAUCCUCUCGGGGGGUUGAAGGAUCUGGUUCUGGGGGAUCUUCUGGUUCUGAUUUGAUUCCUCCCCCCGAAGGCUCAGGAUGUAGUGUUCCUUCAGCAGUGUGUGCUGCUAGGGAAGAUAAAGAAGAUUCUUGUAUGUCUAAACCGAGUCCAACAACUGCUAAAAAAGUUGGUCCUGAGCACAAAAGACCGAAGCUGCUGCCACGUGGAGAGGAGUUCGAGGACGCCGGGGAAGGGGGCCAGCACAGAGCAAAGAAUUAUGAUAAAACUGGCGUAGCUGCUGCUGCUAGUUCUACUAGUACGGCAGCGCACAUAAAGGAGGCGAUGGCCGCGAAUGAAGUAACGCCCAGCCGCAUCAACACGGCGGUCCUGCAGGACAUUGUAAUCCGCGUUGGUGUAGGCAUUGCAAAUAUGUCUGAGUCUGGAAGAAUGCACUUUUGUCAUGCUUGUCUGGCAUGAGCAUGACUCUUAAAUCUGUGUUGCAUGAGCAGGAAAAGGGCCUCUUGCCUGUCAUGCAAAGACGCAGGUUGUCUUUGUCAUGCGGAAAACGCAACACUAAGCGGCGCUGGCCUUAUUUCUCAUGCAAGGCUGUGCGCUACAGAGCAUGCACUAUUCCCAACCAAGCAUUACAUACAAGUCUCCAGACCUCCCCGACAUAUUUGCAUUUGAUAGGGUGGCGACAACCAGGACCCGAGCGAAGAUUUUCGUGCCGUGGACACCAUGCUGGAAAUCGACCGCAGUUUCGUUGUAUGCAUGGCAAAAGCGAUAUCGUACUAGUAGAAAUUGCAUUACAAAUUUGCUUAGCAUGACAAAUGAAACUUGUAAUGCUGUUUUCCCUUGGAAAGGAGAUUCAUCAUGCAUGACAGCAAUUACUACGAGUACGAUACUUUUGCAGAGCAUACCUAGUACUCGAGAAUUACUGGGGCUGGCGCGCGGACCACGCCAAGACUGGGCAGAUCGGGAACGGACAGAAUCCGGCCUACACCGGGUUGCGGGUGAAAGGGAAUCACGUGGCGGCGUACGGCCUUGCGGUCGAACAUUUGCUGAAGAACCAGGUCGAGUUAUCGAUACGUAAAAACGUCCCCACCUCCCUAGAGUUGUGAUGCAGAUUUGCAGUCAAAGAGAGAUUUGUAGUGCGCAUCCCCAUGAUGAAGAUGAGAGGCAAGAAUAGUGAUUAUUCCAGUCGUGCUUUGGAACUUGUCGUGCUGCAGACAGGAUAGGUAGAUGGCUCUGUGAUCCACGGCUGUGCUUGCGAAACUGCACUUACAAUGCAGAGAAAAACCUUUCUUGCGUGAUUCCCAAAACUUCUCGAUUUGUGUUGCGCGAUCCUGAUCUUGAAUCUGGAGUGGGAACGUUUUAUUUACACAGGAUAGGAGUGGACCGGGGAUUUCGGGAAAACGGUUUUCUACCAGUGCGAACUCCCCUACGACAGUAUCAUAAGGAAAAAUGUCCCCUCCCCGUAUCCGAAAGAAAAUUUGUGAUGCUGAGUUGUGACCACAAAUCAGCUCUGUCUUGCGUACAAGGCACCAAACGGCACCCAUGUGGCGCAUUGUGCAGCGAGUCUGUCAUGCGUUUUCGCCUAUGUCAGACUUGUUUCUCAUGCUUAAGUAGCUGCUAGCCGGAUGCGUACCCAAAUAGGGUUAGAAUAUACCGACAAAGAGGUCUUGCUGCAACUACACAAAGCUCAUUCGUGUACACAAAUCCAUUAUGAUUAUUGUCUUUUGAGUAUGAGGUGGGGGCUGUUUUUCCUUUGAUAGACAUCCAGCCGGAUUGGGGGUUUUCCGCUACUUCCGCCGAUGGACGAGAUCAAUUUUCUUGUGCUGCGCCACCACUACUUGGUCCUCGUACUUCUCCGGCAGGAGACGGGGACGUCGAGGUUGUGCCAGCCGCUGCUUCCCAAGGAGAAGUACUAGUGGGUAAGAGCUCCGUGGAUCGACACCAGGGGCAACAAAAUAUUAAGUCUUCUAUCUUCAAACACGUAGCAAAGCCCUUACCCCACGAGCUUCCGCCGCCCUACACGGGCUACCGGGCGACGGGAAAGGAUCACAAGCUGUUCGGCGCGGGGGUUUACGGGCUUUUUAUUCACGAUCCAGAGGAGAAGGUGUUUGUCGACACGGCCAUCCAGGUAGCGGAUGACGCAGAGGUUGUCUAUCAAAUGCAAAAAUGGAACAAAGCAACUUGUCAUGCUAGAUCUAUAUCAUGUAAAAAUCUGUGUUGCAUGAUUACCAAAAGCUGUUCACUUUUGACCUAAUCGAGAGGCAGUUUCUCAUGCAGUAUAGGCAUGAUAGAACUCUCACAGAAUCUGUCAUGCUAUGUCCUACAUACCAGACCUCAUGGGUCAUGGAAAACCUGCGUGACAAGUCUGGCGCUCGUCCAGACCCCGACACUUUUGCAGUUGAUAUAGUCAACGCCUUUACGAUCAUGCUGAAGCCGAAGACGGAACCGUCCCAGAGCGGGUUUCUCAACACGUUGCGAACCGAUUAUCAAAUGCAAAAAUGUCUGGGUCUGGAAAUUUUCUAGACUUAUCAUGCAGGUUUUGCGUAAGUCUUGAUGUCUGUGAUGCGUGCCCUAGCAUCACAGACUUUUUGAGGCCUUCUUGAUGCCUAUUCCGCAUUACAAAUGCCAUCUCCGCGUAGCAAAAAUUGCAUUCCCUUUGUGCUCAUGCAAUACAGAUUUUUUUGCCAUCCAAAUGCAGCAUCACAAGUUCCAAUUUUCCAGAUCCAGACAUUUUUACAUUUGAUAUUGAUACCACUGCUGCGAGGGUGGAACAGCAACAAGAGCCGAACAGGUUCUUGACCACCGCCAGAAAUAUUGAAUUCCACGCUUCCAAGAACUGCAGUCCGUUUUGGGCGCAGAAGCGCCCGGAGGAACCAGAAGCGGCGCAGAACCAAAAACAGCUGCGACCAGUGGUGGUUCUGUAGUAGUGCUACUGACUGACUGAUGUGUAGAAAGGGAAAAGAACAACAGAGAGACACCAGCCGCUGGGAAAGAUGAGGUCAUCAAACUGGUGAUCCUACAUGCUUUGGAUGAUUUAUUGCAGAUUCUAAGAAGACUUUUAGACAUAAUGUGUACAACAUCAACAUCAACUCUGCAUUUGUAAGUGUACUAGACUACUACGCCGGCGUCCAGGACGCCGGCGAUAGGUCGUCUAGUAAGUCUAAAUGCAAACACCAAGGAAAAAACUUGGCGAGCGUGGGGGCGCAGGCUAGUCGUAAGACUCUUACCAUUGGGAAUUUGCUACCUAGCGCAAACGCGGCCACUACUAGAAACCCGGCGGGCGGUUUUAGCAUGGCAAACCGGGCACGCGCUUGCUAGUAACGCCCUGCCCUAGUAGCGGCCCACAUUAGGGGGCGCGCCCGCUUUCGUUCCCUGAGCUCAGCUUCUAGCUCGCCCUCACCCGGCCGCGAGCCUUGCCCUGAUUGCCCUCUUGUGGGCUGUCUCAUUUCUAGGCAGGACCACCCGCAGCGCCUCCCCUGCCGUUUCGCCGGCCCCUUCAAUCAUUCCCAAGUAGCUCGCCUGCUGGGGCCUCUUCCAAAAAAAACUAACUCGCUCCUAGAACGGCCCCCCCUCCUACUAACUAAGAUAUGUCCCCGGAUAUAUCCCCAGACAUAUCCCCAGAUACAUCCCCAGAUACAUCCCCAGAUACAUCCCCAGAUACAUCCCCAGAUACAUCCCCAGAUACAUCCCCAGAUAUAUCCCCAGAUAUAUCCCCAGAUACCUCCCCAGAUACCUCCCCAGAUACCUCCCCAGAUACCUCCCCAGAUACCUCCCCAGAUAUAUCCCCAGAUAUCUCCCCAGAUAUAUCCCCAGAUAUAUCCCCAGAUAUAUCCCCAGAUAUAUCCCCAGAUAUAUCCCCAGAUAUCCGGGCGCCACCGUCCCCAUCUUGUUUUGCCACUGGUUAUCGCCCCCGCCUACCCCCCCCCAAACGCGGCCGGGGCUUGGGGGCAGCCAGAAUAGGCCUGCUAAAAACUGGCCCGGCUUUUUUUUUCCGAUUUCUUCAGGCCAUGGGGCGAGGCCCGCGGGCCACUCCGCGCGCUGGGUUUUGUUUAUUUUGUGCCGCAUGACUUUUGGCCCCCGCCUUUCCAGUCGUUUUGUUUCUUUAGUGCGUUCCCUUAGAGGCGUCCCCUAGGAGCUCCCUUAGGGGAAGUUUCUAGAUGCCCUUUUUUCUAGAAUUCAUUUUCUAAGGGCGCCCCUAUAAUCUAUAAGGGCGAAGAAUCCGAGUAAAAGUUCUAUAGUUCUACUUUAUGAUAGCGGAGGUCCUCGCGACUGAUUCAAUUUCGUCUGAGAAGACGUGGGAAAGAAGAAGCACCGCGAAGUGAAUCAAUGUGACAUAAUGACUCGUGGUGCUCCUUUACUUCGGCGAUCGCACAACUUGG